AUGGGACGCCGUACUUAUUUUAAUCGUGCUACUGCCAUCACCUACCCGAGUAGGGUUGAGGGUUGGUUGGAUGUUUGUGAAACUGAGGGUGAACUAACACGCAAACAAAAAGUCACAUUACCCUGGGGUCCACUCUACUGUGUACUGCAGCAGGAUGAACAGGCCUUCACCGCAUAUUGCAGUGAAGAAAUAUCGAUAUUGUCGGCUACACCCAAAAAAGAGUUAACCGAUAUUAUGUGCAAUGAAUAUCCCCGCGUACGUUUAGAUCGUGUCCGUCGUCCAACAAAAAUUGUCUGGGAUGGACCACCAACAUUGCCAGAGGAGCCGGAAGAUUCAGAUACCUCCUGUCCAAUGGAAAUAGCAUUAAAUACAACAAUCUAUAGUGAAAUAG